AUGGCUUUUAAUUGGAUUCUUGGAGAGAAAUUUGAUUACGAGCAUCCUCAUCACGGAUCGAUGAAAGACCUAUGGGAGAAAAAAUGGGGGCCUUUGAGUGAAAAGUCCGUGUGGCCAUUUACUGGUGGUAAUCACGAUGAUUUUCAAAGAGUCUUUGAUGAGUUAAUCAAAAAAGAGGUUAAUGAUCCUACAAGUGACGACUACACAAAAGCUUUUACUCCUGUUGUCAAAGAUUUGCUCCAGCAGGCAGAAAAUGCAGAGGAACAACAGGCAGUACAGCUUUACUCGCGAGCUUCUGCUCUCCUGAGAAUAAGUCGCUUUCCACAUGUCGGACCUAAUUCUUUAGGAGUGAAAAAGCAAGCUCUAGACCUUCAAAACCAGAUAUUUUUGAAAGGAGCUGCACUGAUGGACCCUCCGAUACGCGAAGUGAAAAUUCCUCAUAUUCGUAGGAGUGGCAAGGAUGGCGAUGCUAUUCCUGUCCUUCUGCGUUUGACAAAGAAAGGAAAUGCGGAUGAGCUCACACCUCUUGUCAUUAUUUUCACCGGUCUUGACGGCUACCGGGCUGAUAAUGCUUAUCAGAGUGAUGCUCUAGUGGAGUUUGGAUGGUCGACCAUCUUGUGCGAAAUCCCGGGUACUGGAGAUUGCCCUGCUGAACCCAUUGAUCCUCAGUCACCUGACCGGAUCUGGACAAGCCUGCUAGAAUGGAUAGAAAAGGAAAAUAAGAAUAUGCGCUUCGAUCUUCGUCGUAUUGCGGUCUGGGGUCUUAGUGCAGGAGGGUACUACGCUGCCCGAAUCGCACAUACGCACCAUGAAAGACUGCUCGGGGCCGUGGCACAAGGUGCAGGGACGCACCACUUCUUAAGAAGAGACUGGCUUGAGAAGGCUAGUGGCCAUGAGUAUCCUUUCGAUGUUGUGCCGCCGUUUGCCGCGAAAUGUGGAUUUGAUAAUGCCGAAGACUUUCUCACUCGAGGCAUGGAUUUGUUUUCAUUGGUUAAGAAUGGAAUAACUGAUAUGCCGUCUUGCAAGCUUCUCAUGCUCAAUGGUGUUGAUGAUGGACUUGUUCCCAUUGAAGAUUCAAUUGAGAUGCUCAAACAUGGGUCUCCUAAAGAAGCUCGCUUUUUCCCGGGGUAUGCCCAUAUGGGAGGACCUGAAUCAUUUCCCACAAUUCAUGCAUGGCUAAAGAACCUUCUUAGAUAA